AUGGAUAAUGGGAAUAGCUCACAGCUAAAAUACCACUCAGAAUUCCUCAAGCCCCGAUUACCGGAAUCGUUACUACCUUCAAAUACUUCGCUGAGAUCAAUAAAGUUUAAUUCUAAUGAUGAUUUCGCUCGGCCAAGUAAUUUGUCCAAUUUCCCUGCUGGUUUCCCUCCAAAAAUUGGCUCAAGUGGUCCAACACGCGAUCCAAGCACAGACCUUGAGGGCGAUCAGAUAAAUCCCGAUGCAGCUCUGCCCACUCCACCUACUCUAAAUCCACCUGUCGUUGAGAUAUGCUUGGAAUGCAUGAUGCGCGAUAAGGAUAUGGCCGAUGUAGACGUUUCCCCUACGGUUUGGCAGAACGCGUCGGAUGGCGAGCUUGAGAAAUCUCUCGCUCUUUGGUCAGCACAGGAGCAUAAUGGCAUAUCACCUUCACAGCGAACAGGUCUUCGUCCACAGGAUGAGGUUACGGAAGACGCUUUGGCGACGUGGACCAAGCUCAAUCCACCACUUUCCAACUAUCGCGCUAGAAAUCUCAAGUCAUACGUCGCAGAUCAAGUCAGUCGUAACAACGUUACAGCUAUUGACAGGACUGUCGACACUAUGCUCAAAUACCCUUCAUCCUCUUCACUCAACCCGCCUCAGUCCCUGAAACAAGUUGCUCCAAGGAGACGCAGAUUGUCCGAGUCAAGUGCUAACGUUAAUGGUAACGCUAUUGCGGGUGCGAGUGCAAACGCGGCCGCGAAUGCUACUGCGACUGCUAAUCCAAAUACCCCAAUCAACAACCGCACUUCAAAGCAAAGCUUGGCUAUUUCGCUCGCCAAUGCACCGCCUCUACCUGACGAUGCGGCGAAUGUUAUCACAAACUACGGCAAAGGCGAGGUGAGCAAUAGCAGUAAGAGCAGGAGUCGGAGUCAUAGUCAAGUUCAGGGUCAGAGUAAGGUUCAAAACAGACCGGCGAGCGUGAGCAAUGAUUUGCAAGUUCCAACUAGCGUACCGCGUAACUCUUCGCAGCUGCAAGUUCCUCACAGUCCGCAGUCGACACCGGCGUCGCCAUCUACACUCACAGCUACUUCACCCACCUCGACACAUUCCAGACGCCCAUUCAGCCUCUUCUUCAGACACAGCAAUAGGAGCGUUGCGACGAGCGUCGCGUCUGCUCACCCCUCAGGCUCCAUGGUCGAUAUGCAUCUCGGGCUUGAGAAGGAGCGCGAUCCCAACAGGACGAGCUCGAUGAAUGGGAUGGAAGUUUAUCAGGGCAAGCAAUACCCAUCGACACGCAGUUUGAACAAGAGCGACGGGAAGCACUCUAAGAAGAAGAAGGGGGGUAUAAGGGGGCUGUGGAAUAGGAUAAGGGGUAAGUCAACGAGUCAUGUCCAUUCUACAACACCAACAACAGCAACACCAACGACAACGACUGGUCGCUCAAUGACAGCGUCACCUAGUCUUGACGAACGUCAAAGAGAAGGUAGUCUACUGGAGCUGCAGCAACAAGCUCAAAAGGAGGAUACGAGCAGCCCUCUCCCUCCCCCACCUUCCAUGUCCUUUCUCAGUGGUGAACCCCUUGAUGUGCCAAAUGCUGCUAAAGUUCAGCCAAAUAUACCACAUAUACCAAAUAGUGAUAGCUUUCCGCGAAAUCGCUCCUCGUCGUUCGAGUUGGAAUAUAGCAGAUCUACCUCAAGCAAUUUCCAAACACAACAGCAGAAUCAACGCAAAAGCUUGAACAGUGUUGGAUCAGGUGGAAGUGCGAGAGAUAUACCAACAUGA